UACUAGCUGGCCAUUGAUACAAGCAGCAAGCUAGUCUUUUAGUUAAGCAUAAAAUCAAUGGCUUUGAGAUGGGCAGCUUUCCUUGCCCUUGCCCUUGCCCUGGUGAUGCUGGCAACUCAUGGGCAAGCCAACCCCAUUAACUACAGAGAAGCCUUGGCGAAGUCCAUUUUGUUCUUCCAGGGCCAGAGAUCAGGGACGGUGCCCAGGGGCCAGCAGCAGCAGCAGAUCACUUGGAGGUCCAGUUCCGGCCUAUCGGAUGGCAGAUUAGCCCAAGUGGACCUAACGGGAGGAUACUACGACGCCGGAGACAAUGUAAAAUUCAACUUUCCGAUGGCCUUCACCACUACCAUGCUGUCAUGGGGGGCACUGGAGUAUGGAAAGAAGAUGGGCAGCGAGUUGGGAAACGCAAGAGCCGCCAUCCGAUGGGCCACCGACUACCUUCUGAAAUGCGCCACCGCCACUCCCGGAAAGCUCUACGUCGGCGUCGGCGACCCGAAUGACGAUCACAAGUGUUGGGAACGGCCGGAGGACAUGGACACCGUCCGGUCCGUCUACUUUGUCUCUGCAAGUAAUCCGGGCUCCGACGUCGCCGGGGAGACCGCCGCCGCCCUCGCCGCCGCCUCCAUGGUCUUCCGCAAGAUUGAUCCCAAGUACUCAAAAACUUUAUUGCGGACUGCCAAAAAUGUCAUGCAAUUUGCCAUUCAAUAUAGAGGCGCCUAUAGUGACUCACUCGGCCCUGCGGCUUGCCCAUUUUAUUGCUCCUAUUCUGGGUAUAAGGAUGAGUUGGUGUGGGGAGCUGCGUGGCUUUUCAGAGCAACAAACGACGUUUAUUAUUUCAAUUUCAUAAAAUCUUUAGGAGCCAACGAUGCACCAGAUAUAUUUAGUUGGGACAACAAGUAUGCAGGUGCCAGUGUGCUCCUAGCAAGGAGAAAUCUGGUGGACAACGACAAGAAUUUUGAACCCUUCAGCCAUCAAGCAGAAGAUUUCAUGUGCCGAAUCCUUCCCAACUCUCCUUCUUCAAGUACACGAUAUACACAGGGAGGAUUAAUGUUCAAGCUAAGCGAAAGCAAUCUGCAAUAUGUGACAUCCAUAACCUUCUUGCUUACAACCUAUGCCAAGUACAUGGCAUCCUCAAAGCACACCUUCAGCUGUGGGAAUUUGCCCGUGUCCUCCUCUACCCUUAGGACCCUAGCCAAGAGUCAGGUGGACUACAUUUUAGGGGUAAACCCUUUGAAGCUGUCCUACAUGGUUGGAUUUGGAACACACUAUCCGCAGAGAAUUCACCAUAGGGGAUCCUCAUUGCCCUCGGUGAGGGCCCACUCGGAGUCCUUCGGUUGCGAGGGUGGUUUUCAUCCCUUCUUCUACUCUCUGAACCCCAACCCGAACGUUUUGGUCGGAGCCAUAGUCGGCGGCCCAAACGAGAGCGAUGGCUACUCCGACGAUCGCACCGACUAUAGCCAUUCUGAGCCAGCCACCUACGUCAAUGCCGCCAUAGUUGGACCAUUGGCAUUCUUUGCAGGGAGCAAGACCCCUUAGUUGUGCCUCCGUAAAUACAGUCAAAUGUUCUAUGCUUCUUCCAUUCUAAAGUUAUUAAUGAACGAAGGUGAAAAGAAUACCUUCAUUUUAUCAAAAA